GAAGCGGAUAAAAGAGGCAGAAGAAGGGGUGCAGGACAUACAGAAGGAAGGGACUGACCAUGAAGAUCUUCAUUGUGGCUACGACCUUGGUCUUCCUCAUACAAUAUGGGGACUGCUUGAGAUGCUACACCUGCCUGUUUCCGACCCUCUCUCCAAUAGACUGCAUUAAAUUCCCAGUGAGAUGCCCCCCCAACCAGCGAUGCCUCUACUCUACAGCCACUGGAAAGACCAAGAACUUUCCCUUUAUCCUGCACGAGAUGAGCUGCGCUGUGAACAGUCUGUGUGGGAUCAGCGGUGAAAAGAGCACGCUGGGGAUCAACGUCACCUACCACAAUACCUGCUGCGAUACCGACCUCUGCAACUCCGCCGCCAAAUCAUCCCUCAGCAUCGCUCUGCUGCUGCCUCCUCUUCUCCUCCUGUUCUAGAGCUGCACUGCUCAGCACCCACUGUUCUGCAUGCAUGUUAUACAGACACCUAGGGCCAGAUUUAUCAUUAGCUCAGGUCAGAAUAAUGGAGUGAAAAAGUCCCAAAAAAGUCCCAAACGCUAAAACUGCGCACAAAUUUGCGACUUUUUUCUGCUCUGCAC